AUGGCUAAGAGACCAGCAGAAGAACUUGGGACUGAAGCAGACGCACUGAAGGGCGGUGAGCGACCUUUGAAGGUAGAAGAUGGCGAAGAGAUGGAUUUUGAGGAUGAGUUUGAAGACGAGUACGAGAGCGAGGAAGACAUCUUUGAAGCAGGAGUAGACGGGCGGCCGGACGAAGAAAGAGAAGCUGAAGAGAGAAGGGAUGCUAUGGACGUGGACCAGCAGACUUUCAUACCUGGCCGUAAUCAGUUGGGAAAAGGCGAAACGCUUUCACCGGACUCUUCUGCAUAUGAGAUGCUCCAUACCCUCAGCACCACAUGGCCAUGCCUAUCGUUCGAUAUCAUCAAGGACUCUCUGGGCGACAAUCGCAAAACCUAUCCAGCGACAAUGUACGCGGUGGCAGGAACGCAGGCCGAGAGUAGAAAAGCGAAGGACAAUGAAUUGCUGGUCAUGAAGCUCAGUGGGCUGAGUCGGAUGGACAGAGAUAACGAAGGCGACUCGGAUGAGGACGACGACGAAGACGACGACGAGAACGCCGAGCCUAUACUUGAGACAAAGUCAAUACCUGUCUUCUCAACUACGAAUCGAAUACGAGCCUACAAAGUCCCCCAGACCGAUACCUCGAAGCCUCCUACAACCUUCACAGCAACGAUGACAGAGAACGCCGAAGUCCUAAUCCACAACAUCACACCCCACCUCUCCUCCUUCGACAAUCCAGGCACGAUUAUAACUCAGCAGCAAUCGAAACCCGUGUCAACGCUGCGCAUGCACAGAACAGAGGGUUACGCACUAGAUUGGUCUCCGCUUUCUCCACAGGGCAAACUCCUCACGGGCGAUAACGACGGCAAGAUCUUCCUGACGACUUGCGAAGGAGGCAAAUGGACAACAGACAACAGACCAUUCACCGGUCACACUGGCAGUGUAGAAGACAUUCAAUGGUCUCCUACAGAACGCAACGUCUUUGCUUCCGCCAGCAGCGACGGCACGGUCAAAGUCUGGGACACCCGCUCCAAGUCUCGAAAACCCCAAUUAAGCGUCAAAAUCAGCGAUACCGAUGUGAAUGUAAUCUCAUGGUCGCAAAGAAACGCCUUCCUUCUCGCUACCGGCGCGGAUGAUGGCGUUUGGUCUUGCUGGGAUCUACGGCAAUGGAAACCCUCAUCUCCCGAUGGGGCAGCGCCAACACCAAAGCCAGUCGCUUCCUUCAAUUUUCACAAAGAGCAGAUCACGAGUAUUGAGUGGCAUCCGACCGACGACAGCAUUGUGGCUGUUGCGGCAGGUGAUAACAUGCUGACGUUGUGGGAUUUGGCGGUGGAGUUGGAUGACGAGGAGAGUCAAAAUACAGCAGAUGUGAAGGACGUGCCACCGCAGCUACUGUUUGUACAUUACAUGGAAAUGGUGAAAGAGUGCCACUGGCACCCCCAAAUAUCAGGAUGUGUGAUGGGGACUGGAGGUGGAGGGUUUGGCGUCUUCAAGACGAUCAGCGUGUAG